AUUAUUUUUCAGUUUGAAUAUUAAAAAAAAAAGGGUUGAGAUGGAAGCUGUAAUUAAAAUUUAAAAUUAUUGAAUUAUUAUACAGUUUUGACUUACGCGCCGACUAUAUCUUAUGGCGGUUGUGCAGUCUACGGCAUAUAUACUCAAAAAAGUCAUAAAUCAUAAAAUCGAAAGUCCUCCAAUGGCGGUUUCCUCCUCUAACGUCUCCGAUUCUGGCAGAAUUGGCCAUGCCCCCAACCGGAAAAGGAAGGAAAUUAGCGAAGCUGAGAUUGCUAGCUACUUGCGCAAGAAGGCCUCCAAACAAGCGGCAAGAAUUGCUGAGAAAUUGAGGACCCGGGAUUCGAGUAAUUCAGAUGAUAAAUCCGAUGGGAAAUUCGUUUGGACGAAGAAAAUCGAGCAGGAUAUCAUCCACGGCGUGCCAAUCGGUUGCUUUUCUCCGAAAGCAGAGGGUGUGAAACAGAGGGAAAGAAUUGAGGAAUUGGAGAGGCUUAGGAAAAGGAGGGACGAAAGGGCUUUUUUAAGGGCACAGCAGGAAGAAGCGGCGGCGGAAUUGGGCCGGGAGCGUGCACGAUCGGAAUUUGAGGAUUCGGAGAAAAAAGACGAAAUUUUUUUCUACCAGCAAUGCAGGCUGAAGUCGAAGAUUCGAUUGAAACUUGGUAGGCCGAAACCAAUUGACAUCCUUGGCAGGUCCACCUUAUGAAGACAUAGCAUUUCGAAUUGUUAGCAAGGAAUGGGAGCUAUCACCAAGGAAAGGGUUCAAAUGUACAUUCAAUGGUGGUGUUCUUUCUUUAUAUUUUCACUUCAAACAGUUGAGAUACCGCAGGUGAUGGUAAAAUCUGCAACCAGGUCCAAAAGAAAAAUGAUCACAAGAACUCCUUAAUUCAUAUCUUCUGAAUUUUCUUGUUGUUUCUCUGUUACAAGCAAUUGUAUUUUUUCUGGCUUGAAGAACACUUUGUGCUUAUUUUGGGGUUUGGUUUCAUGGUUUGACGUUUACAUUUAAACAUUACCUUUGGUAGAGAUUUAUUUUAGUUUCUAAUUUCGGCAUGAUUCUCUUUACUUGUUUUUGGCGUUGCCUAAUAUGCAUUAUUGGAAACAAUAAGUCUCUUGCUGUCCUGGUUCAUUAGAAACAGCAGUAAUUUUCUAUGCAUUGUAUGCCUAGAAGUAGUAUCGCAUGUAUUGUCUAAGUAGUUUUUUUUUCGCUCUUAAUUCCAGGAACUUAAUUCACGAUAUGAAUUACUGAAAAAAAAAUAAUUUUUAAUAGGACUUUAACUGCCACAAUUGUAGAUGUAUACUUAUAUCAUAUGCACAUAUAUUUUGUUUUACUUCGAUUAAGUGACAUUGAGUUGAGUUUCAAUUAAAGGGUGAUUGGUAAACCAGGAUUGUGUCAUUCAAAGGCCAAAACCAAUUUGAAAUCCAUCAACUUAGUCUUUUUUUAUUUUUUGUAGGCUGUCUCUCUUUCUUAGUACUUUCCCUUUUUCUUAGUAUUUUUUAUGGCGCAUUUAUCCAUAUCCCAUGUGAUGGGACGAGAGAUUGUUGUUCUUUUUGCUGUUAAUGAUCUUGUCAAAACUUUUUUCAUUUAGAAGAUUUAUGGUGGCUGUGGUUUAUUAUGAUGCCUACCUCUGGAAGAGUUAAGUAUACCUUGACGCAUCCUUAGAGGUGUUCUUAUGGUGCGAAAACUUUGGUUCAGUAGGUUGUUAGAGCCGUUGACAUGUCCUGAGUUGCAGAAACAGCUUUUUCAGAAAUAUGAGGCACGCUGGGUAUAUAUAUCCCUUUACAGAAAUGGACGGUAAGGCUUCGUGCACUUGGCUGAAUCCUACACUUGUGUGACCUGCUUUUUGCUUAUUGGCCUUCUAUCCACACCCCCAAUAAUAAAAAAAAGAAAUUUCUAGUCAAGUUUAGCUGCAGAUGUUGAUAGGUUCUUUUAUCUUUGGGGGAAAAAAAGAUUAAAUGAAAAAGGACCAUUCAGAGAUGUUUGAUUCCAAGAGAAGUUUUCUUUUCAAUGUGUAUUGUAACGAAAAAAAAGAAAAAAAGAAACACCCAAGAAGAUAUAGUUUAUAUUAUUCACAGCAGACAUUGUAAACCUGAUUAUGAUGUACUUGGAAAUGAACACACAGCUGUUUCCCUGAUCACAAUGUGCUCUACCAACAAUGUUUAGGGAAAUAGUCUUCUUUUAAUUUCAGACUCAUUUGGUGGAUGAGCUAAGAACAUAAUUAACCAAUACGACUGUACAUUUGUAAUGCUCGGUUAGUAUGUCAAUAACAUACUUCAGACUUCCAGUUUUUCUACCGUGACCUGGUUCAAGAUGAUCCAGAAUCACUUAAAAUAACUUGGAUAACCAUCCUUACUGAAUGUUUUAUUGUAGGACAUACUUUCAACCAUAGAGUUUAGAUAACUGCCUUCUGCUGGUAAAUGGUUGUAACAGAAAUACAGUAUAAUGUGUAUCUAACUCUCAGAUACCUUUUGGGAUGUCCAUGAGCUGUAGAAAUUCUACCCUGUAAAUGCUUGUGUAAAUUUUAUUUUUUUUUUUUAAUUGAAAAGAGUGUUGAAUUUUUUUUUACAUUCCAUAACUUUGCUCCGUAUUUUUCAUUUUUUGUUUAUUCUUUUCUUGCUUUAGCUUUGUUGAUGAUGUUAAACAAUACGGUAAAAAGUAAAUGUUUUGGGAAUAUUUAUUAGAGUGAAGCCAGGUCGAUAGGUCAGAACUGGUUUUGUCUUCUUCUUCAUGGAGAACCUAAUAGCUUGUCCAUUAGCUUUUGUUGUAUACUUGAUAAUAUCACAGAAUGUGGAACUGGCCACAGGUUUUGAUCAUAUUUGCGGUCCUGCUAUCUGUUAUGGAGAAUCCAUGUAGCCUCAUGAGAAUUGCAUCAAAUGCUGGCAGAACUGUUCCAGCUAGCUUACUGUAAGACAAAUGUGUGACGCCCCUUCUAACCAUGUGAUGGCUUUUGUGUUAGGCGUCUUUUCCAAAGUAAAUGGAGCAUGCUGCACUUUGGAACUGGGUAGUUGAAUCCCUCAUAGUUAUUGGAUUAGUGCAAGGUUAUGCUCGUUUUAGUUUUUUCUUAGGAUACAUUUAGCGCAGAUAAAUUCCAGUUUACUUUGAGCAGGGAAAGAACGUGGUUUUAACAAAGAGGCACUGGGAUACUAGUCUAGUCUUGUACUGGUGGCUCUCUUUUAGUUCAACACAAGGAUUUAUUUAUUUUUUAUUUUUUAUAGUUCAAUACAAGGAUAUGAUUUAACUUGUGUGAAACUUGUUCUACUUCUGAGUUCUGAUAUCACAGGUUCAUCCCUCGGUCUCAUUUUAUGCUGCUCUUUGUACCGCA